GGUACGCAGAGUGAUUUGGAAAAAACUCAGACGUCGUCCUUUGAACUACAACUCCCACAAUUCUCUGUAAAGAACCGGAAAUGAUGACAGUCUCGGGGUGACUGACCACAUCGUACGACUAGAAACAUGUGUUUGUGACCAUAGUCAGAAUGUCUGACGGAGCAUCUAGAAAUGACCCCACACCAGGAACCCCUCGCAACCCACUCGCCAUGGCUCGGGGGCUGGUUGGUCGCCGACCCUCCACUCCUCUGACACCAGGGCGCCUUCCCUCAAUUCGUUCACGAGAUUUGACCCUUGGGGGUGUCCGUAAGAAAACCUUUGCUCCUAAUAUCAUCAGUAGGAAGAUUAAAGAAGAGCCUAAGGAGGAAGUGUCAGUAAAAGUAGAACGUGCAGAGCGUGGAAGAGAACGUCGAGAUGGAGCACAGAGAGGACGUGGCAAACCUCAAGUCAUUCAGAGCCACUCCAUUUUUGAACAGGGACCUGCAGAGCAGCUCCGAAAGAAAAGUGGUGGAUGGGAGGCAACUUCAGAUUCUCCUGACCUCGGGCCUUCACAUAUCAUUAACAUAAAACGAGAGAAACGGGAAACAGAAGAGGAGACAAAGCAAAUCCUGCGCAUGCUGGAGAAUGACAAGUUUUUGGAUGACCCAGGACUUAGAAAUGACUCUCAGAAUCAGCCAGUUCAGCUCCCACUCGCACACUCAGGUUGGUUAUUCAGAAGUGAAGAGGAAGAUGAGGAAACAAAGCCCUUGCAGGGACUCCCGAAGGAAGAGAAGAUGGAGGUGGAAUUCCCGCAGGUCAAAGUAAAAGAGGAACCCAUGGACGAAGAUGAUGGAGCAUGGAAGCCCACAGUGCCCAUCAGCAAGGCCCCUUGUGUCAAGAAACCCCCUGAAAGAAAGGACGUGUCCCUCCCCGAGUUGCUGGAUUCCCUUAAGGUUUCUGGAGAAGAAAGUCUAUUUUUCCUGCAGCUUCCAGAUACAUUGCCAGGACAGCCACCUACACAGGACACCCGGCCGGUCAAAAGUGAGGUGCAGAGUGAGGAUGGCCAUACGUUGCUUGUCAAGGAAAAGGGACAGGAAUCGACUGUAGAUGAUACCUGCACUUUGCGAAAUGUAACAGAAGGACAAAUUGGGAAGCUGAUAUUGCGCAGGUCUGGCAAGGUGCAGCUUGUACUGGGGAAGGUUACACUCGAUGUCACCAUGGGGACUUCCUGUUCUUUCCUGCAGGAGUUGGUGUCAAUCAGUGUAGGAGAGGCUCGUGCUGGUGAAAUGAUGGUAUUGGGUCAUGUGCAGCACAAACUUGUCUGUUCUCCAAAUUUCGAGUCUUUGCUGGAAGGACGUCAACGUUAAGAUUGGAUUUAAUUGAAUCCUGCAGAUACCUUUUGACCAAAGAACGUGCUUGGCAGGUUACCUCUGGAUUUUCAUUUACCGAUUUUCUUCUUGGUACUCCACCGAGUUCUCCUGAAUUAAGCUGGCAAAUAUCUGACUUUUUGGAAGCACUUGCUGCACUGGGUCCCACAUGCUUUUCUUGUCCCUUUGCAUGUUUUUUACGAUCUUUCAUUCAUAUUUAAUCUUGCAAGCCUUAUCAGGUUUGUAAUUGUCCUCUGAGUAUUUCAUCUGUAGUAUUGACUAAAAUGCAGAUGCUGUGGUGUGAUGCUGAUUUCAAAGAACAGCAAAUAUGAAAGUAGCAUGUAUAAAAAAUAAAAAAAUUAGCAUGUGUCCUUUUUGGGGGCGAUAGUUCUAUUUUGCUAAAGUGAAUUUUGAACAAGAGAAUAUUUAUUACAUUUAAGUCUUUAACCUAUAAUGACAAUGAAUUUAUGGAUUCAGGAAGUGGUUAUGUUUUGAUAUGACAUGUAUGUGUGCUGAUUUUGGAUAUGUUUUAAUCAGCAACAGUCUUAUUUCUCGCCCACUCUCUUUUUAGAGAAAGUUUUAGCCUAAAUACAUUUAUGUGAAGAGGUGAUUGUUGGAAUACUUUUUUCAUUAUAAUGAGGCUAUGUGCCAGUAAAUGGGCUGCUGUGUAUUGAAUGAGGCUGUACACAUAGGGAAGAAGAGAGAAUGAGAUGAGUUUAUGCACUCCUAAAUAAAUGCAUAUGUGUUUAAAGAUCAUAUGACAAUUGAUGGCCAGUCUUUUAAAGGGACAGGGGUGUCAAAAGUGUCUUUAAAAAGAAAUUGAACAUUCAUUAUUCAGAUAGAGUAUGCAAUAUAACAAAAAAUAACUUUCCAGUUUACUUUUAUAAUCAAAUUUAGUUCUUUCUUUUGGCAUCCUUUGUUGAAACGUAGUUACUUUCAAUUACAGCAUAUUUAGAUGUUGCAGUAUAUGGCAAAAAUAUUUGUAACAAUGCUGUGCACACUCCUGAGCAUAGCUCUUUAUGUUGUCAUGGAAAAUGUUGUUUUUUAUUGCAGUCUACUCCUUUGUCACUUUAAUAGUGCAAGGCCCUAACUGUGUGAUAACACAAUUUAUAUUUCAUUGUAUCCAUGCAAACAUAUUUAGGGCAGCAUCAUUUAGGGGAAUUCACAUAAUUUCAGGACUAUGUUCUUUUGGAAUGUUUUCUCUGGAGAAAAGGGAAGCCUGGAAAUCAUUAUAGAUCUACUUUUCCCCUAACAUUACAUUAUCAAUAUGGAUAUCUAUCUACUUAUAAUAAAACCAGCAUUUAUGUUUUGUUUCUAUUUUUGCAUUAGGUAAAAGUUUCUAUGAUUAAUUAUUUAUUUAAUUAAAUUUACGUCAACCAACCAA